AUCGACAGCAUCAACAACGGUAUGGCGACACUCGGAGCUGAUGCUGUUGGACUCGUCCCCGCCACCUUCAUCAUCUUCAUCUUCAUCACCGCCCUACGGCCAACAGCAGAUCGUCUUCCGCACUCGCGGCAGCGCAUCGGCCAUGCGGCACGGGCCGUCCAUGGCCGGGCCAGUGCCGUCGCUGUCUGCCUUUUCCUACCUGUCUACGAACCAAUACUUUUUCCUGCAGUACUACCUGGAGCGGCUCAGCAACGUGCUGGUCAACGCCAACAGCGAUUCCAACCCGCUCAAGUCGCUCAUCUUGCCGCGCAUCGCCUCGUCGAAUCUGCUGCUGGACGCCAUCUGCGCCACGGCGUCGUUGCACCGGUCCAGCGCAUCUGAUGCGGAUCGAUCGGCGUACUCGAAUGCGGCGACGCGGUACUACGUCCGUGUGCUGUCUGCCGUGCGCGAUUUGAUCCCCCAGGUGACCAAUUCGAGCUCAAAGUUGCUGAAACCGGGCAGCAGCGGCGGUAUAAUGAUGAUAUCCGAAGAACCAAGUCCUGGCAGCAGCAAAGGCAGUAGAGGCAGCAAGAACGGCGACAAAACCAGUAAAAAGAACCUUGACAAGAACUUUAACAGGAACAGGAACAGCAAGAACAAGAGCAAGGCGGCGGCGGGCGUCGAGGACGUUGAAACGGCUGAAAUGGCCAUCCUGGCGUCCAUUUUCCUCUGCAAGUACGAGAUUAUCAAAGACGGCGUAGAAAGCUGGCGCCUCCAUCUCAAAGGCAUCGAAUCGCUUUGCCGGUCACUAAGCGCCGACCAGACGGCUUCCAUGGCCAACACGCUGGCCUAUGUUCGCAGUUUCAUGUCGUAUCAUAAAAACAUUGCGCGCGUUACCGAAUAUGCGCCGCAUUCGACAGAGGACGAGUUUGAGCACGAGCCGUUUGAACUUGGCAAGCUGUUCCCCGUAGAUCCGUACAUGGGAUUCUCCCAGAGUCUCAUCAUUCUGCUGGGCCGGGUCAGCGAUCUGUUGGUGAUUAACACGAGAGACGGGCCAUACGAGCUGCGGCGAGAAAUAGAGACACUAUUAGAGUUGCUUUCCAGGAGAAGCUGGGACGCAGACCGCUUCGCCAUUCCCCAAGGCAUGGGCAUGUCGACGAUUGAAAACUCAACCACCAUUGCCGAGGCGUAUUAUUGUGCCGUCAUCGCCUGUAUCCAUGCCGUACUCGAAGUUGUAGCCGAGAGAGAAGCCGCAGCCGCCGCCUCUCCCAUGAUCAUGACUGAGGAACAGUUUCAGUUUGGGUCUUCUCAAUUCCAGCCUUCAUCGCAGCCCUUUAUCGACUGGGCAUCACUGCACGCCCUUCUUCCAAUGUCCAAAGCCGAUGCUCUGACCGAAUGCCUUGCCGGCAUAGCGCGGGUCCCGCUUGGAGCCCCGGAAGAAGCUGGUCUUUUGCCGCUGCUCUUCAUCGUGGCAGUCGAGACGACGCGAGAAAGUCAGGCACAGGAGGCUCUGGUGCGGGUCGAAGCUCUGGGGUGCCACAUUGGAUUGGGAAACGUGCAAUGUGCGAGCGAUUUGCUCAAGCAGGUGUGGCAGAGGCGGGCGACGCAGCCGAAUUUUCAUGAUUGGCGAGGACUAUUGGCGCAGCUGCAGUGGGAUCUCAUCAUCACUUGAAAAACUCGCAAGGUACAUGGAGCUAGUUUCUGUGAAGUGGUCCCUUGAUCAACUCUAUCUCAUUGUUCAUGACUGGCAUGAAAGAGACGUGUCGCAUUUUCAAUCUAAAAUGAUGUCUUUUGUUGCUUGACUUGUACUUUCUCGACAUCUUUGCUGUGGCUUUCCUAGCUCGUUUCACCUCGGUCUGGCGUUGUCUUUGUCCGCUAUCGCUUUGCUAUUAUUCGUUCUGGAGCUGUUUCUGGGGCUCCAUGCUUGACCAGUUUGUGAUAUCUGCAGAGUAUCUCAUGGGGCGCACAAGAUAUGGAGGAUAUGGCGUUAUGUCGUAGCUGUUGAUUGAUAGCGAAAAUGAAGAAACAUUAGCCAAAAUCGGCAAAUCCCUGAGAAUUCCAUCAUUAAAGGGCGACAAAAACCGGGGUUCUGUCACUGAGCUUUCU